AUGAUGGAACGUAUUCUACGUUUUUUGAUCUUGGUAAAUUUCCUCUGUUUUGGUCUUGUGAACGGCCAAAACUACAACGUCCUCGAUUUUGGUGCCACCGGAGAUGGUCAAACUGAUGAUUCAAACGCUUUUGUCAAAACGUGGAACGCUGCAUGUGGUGGAGGAGGAGACAUAAGCAUACUGCUUAUUCCUGCUGAGAAUACAUUUUUAAUUCAACCUAUUGUGUUCAGAGGUCCAUGUCGAUCUAGCAAUACAAAAGUUCAGUUGGAUGGCAUCAUUGUCGCGCCUAGCAACAAAGAAGAAUGGUCCAACCCCAGUUCUCGAACGUGGAUCAAAUUUUCAGCGGUGCCUGGUCUCAUGAUUGUUGGUUCAGGAACGAUUAAUGGUCGUGGUUCAUCCUUUUGGGAAGUGAGAUCAUUGCAUAUUAGCCAAUGUGACAACUUAAUUAUAACCGGAAUAACCUCGAUUGAUAGUCCGAGAAACCAUAUAUCAAUCGCAGCAUGUACAAAUGUUGCAAUAUCGAAUAUACAUCUAUUUGCACCCGAGGAUAGUCCCAACACAGAUGGGAUUGAUAUAAGUCGCUCGAGUAACGUCAACAUAUUCGACUCUACGAUUCAAACUGGCGAUGAUUGUAUAGCAAUCAACACUGGGAAUACAAAUAUCAACAUUACAAGGAUUAAUUGUGGACCUGGUCAUGGAAUAAGUGUGGGGAGUUUAGGACUCAAUGGAGGCAACGCUGCAGUUAGUGAUGUUCAAGUGACUCAAUGCACUUUCAAUCAGACAACGAAUGGAGCUAGAAUAAAGACAUGGCCGGGUGGACAAGGAUAUGCAAGAAACAUAAAUAUCAGCUGUGGCGAUUAG